AUGCCCCGGAGGAAGGCGGCGGGGCCGCCCUGGGAACCGGGCCCGGGUAACGGGGCGGCGGCGGCGGGGAGGAGGCGGCCGGGCCCGGCGGCGGGAGGAGGGAGGAGAAGGCCGCGGCCGGAGCGCGGAGCGGGAGGAGGCGGCGGCAGCAGCGGCGGUAGCAGCGAUGAGGAGGCGCCCCGGGAGCGGAGGCCGCGGGACGGCAGCCCCGGCGGGAGGAGGCCCGGGAGGCCCGGGGGGGCCGCUGCUGGAGGGGCCGGAGGAGGAGCGGCGAGGGGCCAGAGCGUCGUGAUCUGCGAGCCCGAGCACAGCAAGGAGCGCAUCAAGCUGGAGGGCUCCAGAGCCCGGGGGCAGCUCCUCAUCUUCGGGGCCACCAACUGGGACCUGAUCGGCCGUAAAGAAGUGCCUAAGCAGCAAGUUGCCUAUCGAAACCUGGGCCAGAACUUGUGGGGACCACACAGGUACGGCUGUCUCUCAGGUAUCCAAGUGAGGAGCGUGGUGUCAGGUCCCUGCGCCGCUCACAGCCUCCUCAUCACCGCCGAGGGCAAGCUCUGGAGCUGGGGUCGCAAUGAAAAGGGGCAGUUGGGCCAUGGGGACACGAAGCGCGUGGAAGCCCCGAAGCUGAUCGAGGUGCUGGGGGGUGAAGCCAUCGUGCUGGCAGCUUGUGGGAGGAACCACACCCUGGCCCUGACAGAGAGUGGCUCCGUGUUUGCCUUCGGGGAGAACAAAAUGGGGCAGCUGGGGCUGGGGAACCAGACAGACGCCGUGCCCAGCCCCACGCAGAUCAUGUACAACGGGCAGCCCAUCACCAAACUGGCCUGUGGGGCUGAGUUCAGCAUGAUCAUGGAUUGCAAAGGCAACCUCUACUCCUUUGGGUGCCCUGAGUAUGGGCAGCUGGGGCACAACUCGGACGGGAAGUUCAUCGCCCGCGCCCAGCGGAUCGAGUAUGACUGCGAGCUGGUGCCGCGCCGCGUCGCCAUCUUCAUCGAGAAGACCAAAGAUGGCCAGAUCCUGCCUGUCCCCAACGUGGUGGUGCGGGAUGUGGCCUGUGGGGCCAACCACACGCUGGUCCUGGACUCUCAGAAGCGUGUUUUCUCCUGGGGCUUUGGUGGGUACGGGCGGCUGGGCCAUGCUGAGCAGAAGGACGAGAUGGUGCCACGGCUGGUGAAGCUCUUUGACUUCCCUGGGCGCGGGGCAGCGCAGAUCUACGCCGGCUACACCUGCUCCUUCGCUGUCAGCGAGACAGGUGGAUUGUUUUUCUGGGGGGCCACCAACACCUCCCGGGAGUCCACCAUGUACCCUAAAGCCGUGCAGGACCUCUGUGGCUGGAAGAUCCGCAGCCUGGCCUGUGGGAAGAGCAGCAUCAUUGUGGCGGCAGAUGAGAGCACCAUCAGCUGGGGGCCUUCACCCACCUUUGGGGAACUGGGCUAUGGGGACCACAAACCGAAAUCCUCAACGGCUGCCCAAGAGGUGAAGACCCUGGAUGGGAUCUACACAGAGCAGGUGGCCAUGGGCUACGCUCACUCCCUGGUGAUCGCCCGCGACGAGACCGAGGCGGAGAAGGAGAAGCUGCGCAAGCUGCCCGAGUACAACCCCCGCACCAUCUGA